AUGCUGAAGGAAAUCCAGUUGUCUCUGUGUGUCAUCUUUUUGUUUGCAUUUGGAAUAUUUUAUGAACUGUACCAGGAGCCUGAUUGCAUCUCCUGCAAACCUAUUUCCAAAUACUUCCUGACACCUAAAGAUGUCAUGUCCCAGGGCAGGAGCAUUAUUUUCCUGGAGACAACAGAAAAUUUGCAGCCUCCUCCACUGGUUUUAUGUUCUGUGGAAUCUGCUGCUAGAAUAUAUUUGGAUAGGCCCAUCAUUUUCUUCAUGAAAGGACUGGACAAUAACUCAAUGACACAUUUCAAGUCUUCUUGCCCAUCUCUCUCUUUUUUAUAUGCCAUGAAGAAUGUUUUCCUUUUCCCACUUCAGCUGGACAUUUUGUUUCAGGACACACCUCUGCUCCCUUGGUACCUUCAGGUCAAUGCAACACAGGAAAAGAACUGGGUCUAUAUUUUAUCUGAUGCAGUCAGGCUUGCAAUGGUAUGGAAAUAUGGUGGAAUUUAUAUGGACACAGAUGUCAUUUCCAUCAGAUCUAUUCCAGUGACCAACUUCUUGGCAGCUCAGUCUUCCCAGUUUUCCAGCAAUGGGAUCUUGGGUUUUCAACAGCAUCAUUGGUUCCUUUGGGACUGCAUGGAAGAUUUUGUUCAAAACUACAAUGGAGACAUCUGGGGGAAUCAGGGACCUUUCUUAAUAACAAGAGUGCUUAAGAGGCUAUGCAAUCUCACAGAUUUUGAAGAUACAGAAGAUCAGAGAUGUCACAACAUUUCCUUCUUGAACCCCCAACGUUUCUAUCCCAUCCCCUAUGGAUUCUGGAUGAAGUACUAUGAAGUGUGGGAUUCGAGGCCAGAGUUCAAUGACUCUUAUGCUUUGCACUUGUGGAACUACAUGAACCAGGAUCAGAAGAAAAAUGUGACAAUCGGAAGUAAUACACUAGUGGAAAACCUGUUCAGUACAUAUUGCCCUACAACUUACAGGAGUCUCAUUCAAGCUGCAGAACAAAGUGAACAGAUGUUUCAAAAUGGAACUAGCUGA